AUGAGUUUACCUGCUAGCGAGAAAUCAAGAGAAAAGCAUGCACCAAGAUACAUCGUUUUUGUCGCCGGAUUAGCCCAUAACACAACGAAAGAAGAAUUGAUCAAACAUUUCGAAGCAGCCUGUGGGCCGUCUACAGUUCGAAUUAUUACUGAUAAACAUACAAAAAAAGCAAAGGGGUUUGCGUUUGUCGAAUUUGAGAAUGUUCAAUCGAUGAAAAAUGCUCUUCGUUUCCAUCAUACAAUAUUCAAGAAAAGAAAG